CGAGCGAGCGGCCUGAGCAGCCCCAGCCCGUGACACCGUCUGGACCACGCGCCACUACAAGCUUCCCAGCAUGGAGAGCGAAUGCCGGGUGCUCUCCAUCCAGAGCCAUGUUGUCCGCGGCUACGUGGGCAACAGAGCGGCCAUGUUCCCUCUGCAGGUUUUGGGAUUUGAGGUUGAUGCCGUGAACUCUGUGCAGUUUUCAAACCAUGCAGGCUAUGCCCAUUGGAAGGGGCAGGUGCUGAAAUCCCAGGAACUGCAUGAUCUGUAUGAAGGCCUCAAGGUGAACGGUGUCAACAAGUAUGACUACGUGCUCACUGGUUACACGAGAGACACAUCCUUCCUGGCCAUGGUAGUGGACAUUGUGCAGGAGCUGAAGCAACAGAACUCUCGACUCGUGUAUGUGUGUGACCCUGUGAUGGGAGACAAGUGGAACGGGGAAGGCUCCAUGUAUGUGCCCCAGGACCUGCUUCCCGUGUACAGGGACAAAGUGGUUCCGGUGGCAGACAUCAUCACUCCCAACCAGUUUGAGGCUGAGUUGCUGAGUGGCAGAAAGAUCCACAGCCAGGAAGAAGCAUUCGAGGUGAUGGACUUGCUGCACUGUAUGGGUCCUGACACUGUGGUCAUCACCAGCUCUGACCUGCCCUCCCCACAGGGCAACGACUACCUGAUCGCGCUGGGCAGCCAGAGGAUGAGGAAGCCAGAUGGCUCCACGGUGACCCAGCGUAUCAGGCUGGAGAUGCACAAGGUGGACGCUGUCUUUGUGGGCACCGGGGACCUCUUCGCCGCCAUGCUUCUGGCGUGGACACACAAGCACCCAGACAAUCUCAAGGUGGCCUGUGAGAAAACAGUGUCUGCCAUGCAGCACGUCCUGCAGAGGACCAUCCGGUGUGCAAAAGCUGAAGCAGGAGAAGGACAGAAGCCCAGCCCGGCUCAGCUGGAGCUGAGGAUGGUCCAGAGCAAAAAGGACAUCGAGGACCCCGAGAUCGUCGUGCAGGCCACGGUGCUGUGAGGGUCAUGCACGCUCGCCCUGACACGCAGCGAGCUGAGGUGUCUGUCUCCAUCCCUGUGAAAAGCUGUAACGUCUGCCUUAGAGCCGUGACUGAAACUUGACAUUGUGUUCCUUCCUGAGGGUCGGGUCUCAGCCAGUCUCUAUCGUGAAAAUGUGCCAUUGUGCUAUUUUUUUUUAAAAAAUGACAAAGCCGUUGUAGAAAUAUGUGAUUCAGACCCAUGGCCCCUUCCCCAAAGGCUCUGGGCCUCUGACUGCCUCCUGUUGCCUCAUAGGUAUGUGGAAGGUAGGUGGGGGAGGCCUGCCUGCUGCCUCUGGAUCUUUCUUUCUGUUGGCCACUAGCUGCCAUUGUCCCAUGUGUCUACACAACCCCUGAUUGUGUAUAGACUCUGCUCCCUGUGUCUUUAAAACCGGGUUAGGUCUUAACCGUUGGCAUCUGAAGAAUCCGCCAAAUAUCUUCAUUGCCAUUUUCGUCCUUCCCUUGUUCCUGCAUUAGAGUUUCUGUGUGUCUCUGCUGCUCUUUGGGUGACAUCUCGAAUGUCAGAUAUAUGCAGCUGUUGGACUGUGUGGAAAGGUUUCCUAUUCUCAUGGCUGGGUAGGCUCACAAGCAUGUGGUCACUGACAGGAACCUUGUAAGGAAGCAGAACAUUCCAGAGCAUCUGCAGCCACCUGGGCCUCUGCAGGUUCUCCUGUCACUUGGGAGCAAAUUCUAGGAAACUGACCAACAUGGUGUUGGGCUGCUGAGCGCAGGGCAGCUUGGGA